AACACAUGACAUAUACACGCAGUUUCAGAAGUCUGUUGAUGUCAGACGAUCAUCAUGACUGGCAAGGAACGAGUGAGAAAUGGCCAGGAGCUGGGUGUUGGCAGAGAGGAAGAGAAGCUGCCUGAGAAGGAGGAUGAACCACUGCACUAUACCCUGACUCAAAACCCGCCGUUUGUGAUAAUGUUGAGUGCUGGCUUGCAGCACAUCAUGAUGAAUCUUGCCUUCGAGGCUGCUACUGCCUUCAUCGUCUCAGACACUUUGUGCGCAGCUUAUGACAGCCCAAUCAGAUCGAAGAUACUUUCCUCAACACUUCUCAUGAGUGGCGUAACAUCGCUACUUCAAACCGCUGUCGGAAUAAGGUUGCCGGUAUUUCAAGGUCCAUCAGGCUCCUUCUUUCCUGCGCUUCUCGCCCUGCAGAACAACCCUGAGUGGAAAUGUCCUGAUGGCAGUUUGACAAGUAUGACCUAUGACGGCAACACAACCAGUCUCAAUGGUUCAACAACAGCAGGCUUGAACCUGCUGUCCGAAGGAGAGAAAUUGAAACAGCUAUCUGGGAGCUUGAUGGCCGCCUCAAUGCUGGAAAUUCUAAUAGGGUCUACUGGGUUAGUUGGAGUCCUCCUCCGCUACAUCGGGCCAAUCACAGUAGCUCCUACCAUUGCCCUCAUUGGGAUCUCUUUGUACAAGAUUCCAAUAGCCCAGUCCAGACCGUCGUGGGAAAUUUCAUUCGGAGGGAUAGCACUGCUUCUCAUCUUCAUCCUGUACAUUCCACAUGUCAAAAUUCCACUUCCGAGAUGGAGAAAGAAGAAACAACGAAGCUAUCUACCGAUAUUUCAACUCUUCCCGGUUUUGUUGAGCAUACUGGUGAUGUGGGCUAUCUCCGCCAUCCUCACCGUCACAAACGUCUUCCCAAACGACCCUGACAACAUCCGCUACAAAGCGAGGACGGACGUGAAAAUGUCGAUGGUGGAGCUCACGCCAUGGUUCUACUUCCCGUACCCAGGUCAGUUUGGAUUGCCAUCAUUCAGUGUAGCAGUUUUUGUUGGAUUCCUGUCUGCGCUUUUGGCGUCCAUGAUAGAAUCUGUAGGAGACUAUUUUGCCACCGCGAAAGCAUGUCAAAUCGACCCUCCGCCCGAUCACGCUGUCAACAGAGGAAUCCUUAUUGAAGGUCUGUGUGGACUACUUGGCGGAGCGAUUGGCACGGGACAUGCUACGACGUCAUACAGUGGAAAUAUCGCAGCGAUAUCUGUAUCAAAGACGGCUAGUCGAUCCGUGAUGCUGUGCAAUGGUCUCAUCCUUAUAUUGAUGUCGGUUUUCGGUAAAUUUGGUGCUGCCAUAGCAACUGUUCCGGAUCCGACUCUAGCUGGCUCAAUGGUCGUCCUCAUCGGAAUGCUUGUGUCCAUUGGCCUGUCCACCCUCCGCCAUACCAACUUGAACUCGUCCAGAAAUCUGACAAUAGUUGGAGUGUCAUUAUUCUGUGGGAUAUUCCUGCCUGAGUGGGUGGACAGACAUGCUGACUUCAUUGAUACAGGAGUUGCUGAAGUUGAUGGUGUGUUGAAAGUUGCUUUGGGAACACCCAUGUUUGUUGGUGGUCUUUUAUCCAUAGUCCUCGACACCACAGUUCGUGGAACACGAGAAGAAAGGGGUCUCGUAAGUUGGCAGAGGAAUGUGUCACGUGACGGAGACGGGGAUAAUUCUAACAGUAUAUCCGUCCAAGAUGCAUAUGAAUGGGAUUUCCUGCCACGCAUCUACAACAGACUCCCAUUCAUUGCAAAGCUGCCGGUUAUGCCUUCAUUGUCAAAAUGUUCUCUGUCCAAGAACUCUGUUGCGGAAUCUGUGAAAUUCACCAGUCCCAGUGAAGUGGUUAUGCUUUGA